UAGGAUGAUUUUUUUUAAAGAAAAUAUAUUGGUCUCCCUUUUGACUUUGAUUUUAUUUUGAAUUUGCUUAUUUGAAUUAAAAACAAUGUUUCAUGUAUUUUAAAACUAUAAUAUAUAGAAUAUGAGACAAUGGGAGCCUGUGAUUAACCUGAUCUUACUGAUGUGCGUUUCUAAAGGCUGCGUUCUGGAAAACAGGGGUGGAAUAUUGCCUAUCACAGCACGUACAGGAGAGUCAGUACUGCUGCCCUGCUACUGCACUGACCGCAUCUCAUCUGACACAUUCAGCUGGGAGAAACAGAACACAAACACAGAUACAUGGGAAGAGAUAUCCAGCGAUAAGGACCAGCACAGAAACAGAGUUCAGCUGGUUAAUGGUCACUCUCCAGGAAAUCUCUCUCUACUCAUAUCAGACCUGACUGAAGAGGAUGAGGGAGAUUACAGGUGUGAUGUUGAAGGGAGUGGAUACACAGACAUCAGACUCACUGUUAAAGGUUGCUUUCUGGAAAAGACUGAAACAACCCAGAAUAUCACAGCACAUAGAGGAGAGUCUGCACUGCUUUCCUGCUACUGCACUGGCCUACUCACCAAACCUGAGACAUUCACCUGGAGGAAACAAAACACAAACACAAAAACAUAUGAAGAGAUAUCCAGUGAGAGUGGUCAGUACAGAAACAGAGUUCAGCUGUUUAAUGGUCACUCUCCAGGAAAUCUCUCUCUACUCAUAUCACACCUGACUGAAGAGGAUGGAGGAGUUUACCUGUGUGAACUCACAGGAUAUAAACGCACAUACAUCAAACUUACUGUUGAAGAGGGUCCACCUAAAACAACGACAUCUACUGCAACCACAAGUUCAUUUCAAAUGACUAUUACUUCUCCACAGUCUCUACCCUUCGUCCCCUUCGCCUUGGUGACUGUGAUCUUUCUCCACAUUAUAGUAGCUGUGGUUUAUCACACCAAGAGAAACAAAGCUCAGUCAGAUCCUGCCAGAGUUCACUACAGCAUUGCUGAUGGAGAUGGAGUGGUCAGUCUGGAGUAG